GGCGUGAAAAGCGAAAAUGGAUGUAAUACAACAAAACAUUGGAAAAAUCAAAUGUCCGCUCGGUGGAGAGAAGGUUUAUAAGGAUGAAUGUGCAUAUUCAUUCGACAACCCAGAAAGUGAAAAUGGAUUAUACAUUUGUAUGAAUACUUUCCUUGGUUUAGGAAAGAGUCAUGUGGAAAGACAUUGGAAAAAGACAGGAAAUCAAGUGUAUCUGAAUCUCAAGCGUCGAAGAAUAGAGAUACCUAAGGAUGAUCAACCUCCUGAAAAGAAGCCAACCAAGAUGGCUAUUGGAGUUGAAGGCGGGUUUCAUGUAGAUGACAAAAGUUAUAGAUUUGAAGAAGAGACAAGUAUAGUUGUAUUACCUAAUUGGACAGUUAUACCUUUUCCUAAUACUGAGUUACCUGAUCUGGUGCAAUUAUCAGCAGCUACCAUAUUAACCGCUGAAGAUGCCUGGAAGAUGGAAGAAGCUGCUGCAAUGGCUUGCACUUGGGAGGGUGAAAAACUAAGAGUUUCCAAACAUGCUGACAAUUUAAAACAGUUAGAUAAUGGUAAAAAGAUACCACCCAAAGGUUGGAAAUGUGAACGCUGUGAUUUGACAACCAAUUUAUGGUUAAAUUUAACAGAUGGAAGUAUUUUAUGUGGACGUAAAUUUUUUGAUGGAAGUGGUGGCAAUAAUCAUGCUGUAGAAGCUUAUGAACAAACUAGAUUUCCACUAGCUGUUAAAUUAGGAACAAUCACUGCAGCUGGGGGAGAUGUUUAUUCAUAUGAUGAAGAUGAAAUGGUAGAAGAUCCACAUUUAGCAAAACAUUUAGCUCAUUUUGGUAUUAAUAUAGCUGCCUUGAAGAAAACUGAUAAAAGUAUGGUUGAAUUAGAAAUUGAUUUAAAUCAGAAGAUAGGAGAAUGGGAUGUGAUACAGGAAUCUGGUAGUAAAUUACAGCCAUUAUAUGGUCCUGGCUUCACAGGAAUGCGUAAUCUAGGCAACAGUUGUUAUAUGAAUUCUGUUAUGCAAGUUGUUUUCACCAUUCCUGAUUUUCAAAAUAAGUAUUCUAAUAAAGUAGAAGAAAUAUUUAACAACUGUAAUAAUAAUCCUCCAGAUAAUUUCAAUGUACAGAUGGCUAAAUUAGGUCAUGGUUUAUUAUCAGGGGAUUAUUCUAAACCUCCAAUUGAACAGCAAGACAGUUAUAUUCAGCCUCCAACAGGAAUCCGUCCACAGAUGUUUAAAUCAUUAAUAGGUAGAGGUCAUCCAGAAUUUGCUUCAAAACGACAACAAGAUGCUCAGGAGUAUUUUCUUCAUUUAAUUAGUACUAUUGAGAAGUCUAGUCGUGGUCAAGCAAACCCUACAGAUUGUUUUAGAUUUGAAGUAGAAGAGAGAACAGAAUGUUGUCAAUCUAAGAAAGUCCAGUAUAAAAGAAGAGAAGAUUACUGUUUAUCAUUACCUGUACCUCUUGAAGCUGUUACUAACAAAGAAGAGGCAGCAGCAUAUGAAGAGAAGAAAAAGGAAUUACAGGCUUCAGGGAAAACUGUAGAUCCUAAAGACAUUGUACGACGUAAAUUAUCAUUAAAUGCCUGUAUAGAAUCUUUUGCUAGUCCAGGUUUUGUAGAAGAUUUCUAUAGCAGUGCUAUUCAAGCUAAGACUACUGCUCAAUUGCAAACAAGACUUGCUUCAUUCCCAGACUAUUUACUGGUACAUCUACAGAAAUUCACUGUUGAUGAAACAUGGACUCCAUUAAAAUUAGACAUGUCAGUAGAUGUACCUGAUGUAAUAGAUAUCAGUCAUUUAAGAGGUAAAGGUUUACAAACUGGUGAAGAAGAGUUACCUGAAGUACAAGCUGCACCACCACAGGUUAAUAUAGAUGAAUCUGUAGUCAAUCAGCUAGUAGAAAUGGGGUUUGAUAGAGAAGGUUGUCGUAAAGCUGUAUAUAAUACACAGAAUCAAGGUGUAGAAGCAGCUAUGAAUUGGGUAAUGGAACACAUGGGAGAUCCAGAUUUCACUGUACCCUUACAACUACCUGGCAGUACCAGUAAUAAAACAUUUGUACCCAAUGAUGAAGCUCUUACUAUGAUCAUGGCUAUGGGUUUUACUAGAGACCAAUCUAUCAAGGCUUUAAAAGCUACAGAUAAUAAUAUAGAAAGAGCAGCUAAUUGGAUAUUUAGUCAUGCUGAUGAAUUAGAUGAACCCAUGGAAACUGAGAAUACAGAUUCCACAUCUAAUCCACAACAGAAAAAGUUUAGAGAUGGCAAUGGAAAGUACCAACUAGUAGCAUUUAUAAGUCACAUGGGAACAUCAACUAGUGUUGGACAUUAUGUAUGUCAUAUAUAUAAAGAUGGACAGUGGGCUAUCUUUAAUGAUGAGAAAGUAGCCAAAUCUGAAAAACCACCUCGAGAUUUAGCAUAUUUAUAUUUAUAUAAACGUAUUUAAUUCUCUCAUUUAAAAUUCAAAAAGUAUGAUUGGUUGGGAAGAAGGUACUGAGCUGAGAAUUAACAAAUUUGAAUCAUGUAUGUUGAAAAUAUUCAUCUCACUGGGGUAAAAAGUAUCAUUAACUCAUCAAAUACUAAUUAUACCCUUUAAAUUAGAGAAUCUUGUACAGUUAAUCUGUUUUCUUGAACUGUUCUCUCUAAAAACAAAAAAUAAAAGCAAAUAAUAAACAACUGAAUGCCCAAAAUCAACUCUAUGGGAAUUUUAUGAAUUUCCAUAAUCAAUGCAAAUAAACAUCAAGUGAUUGCUGAAAAGCGCCGUUGUAGGAGUUAUGCAUUUUGCUGAUUUGAGCAUAACAAUGAUAAUAAUGUGAUUAAGGUCUGUUUCAGAAUUGAAUGUAAAUGCUGGAAAAAGUUCAUGAUAUCUUUCAUUAUUAAUUGUAAUAUUUCUAUUUAUUACAUGUAAACUAGGUAGUUAGACUACAAGUUAUGAAUCUGUUACCUACAAUUUUGCAAUUAUGUUAGAUGUUGUUAUUUUCGUUCAAUAGAUAUUGAUCAGCUAUGUAUGGCUUAAAAUUUAUUUUCUAAAAUCAAGUUCAGUGCUAUUGAGGUCGAAGAAUAUAUUUGAUAAGAAUAAGGUAGGCUCACAAUGAUAAGAUCAGUGACAUAAAUAUUAAAUCAUAAGAAAAAUGUGAAGCUUCUCUUCAUUAUUCAAGUGAUUUCACUUUAUCUAAUUAAAGUAGACAUUGUUUAAGAGAUCUCUUAUGUUAUACCGGUAAUUUGCAUGCUUUUAAUAAAAUAUGACAUGCUUCUUGAA